AUGAAUCACUGGGCGGUUCAACCAAACGCUUUUUCUGCCGGAGGAGAUCUGAGGAGCUCCGUUUCAGUGGUGGAGAGAGACCAGACUGUUGUCGUUUGUCCAAAACCACGUCGUAUUGGUCUCCGUAACGCUAUCCACCAUCCUUCUCGGUCUCUGCGAUGUUACAGCCACCAAAUUGAAUCCAAGGCAGAGACUGAUAUCUUAGAUAUCAUUCUGACAAAGGAUGGUUAUGGUACGGAACAAGUUCAUCAAACGCAAACGCAGUUAUUAGACUCGCCGUCCCCGUUUUUAUGUGGGUCGCCGCCGAGCAGAGUCGCUAACCCAUUAACACAAGAUGCUCGAUUCAGAGAUGAAAUAUUCUCUUCUUCGCCUACGAUGUUCACGACUCCGCUGGGCCAACCUCCCUCGUCUCCUUCCUCUGGGAGGAAAGGAGGAUGUGUUAGAGGCAAUUUUGGUAACAGCCCAGCGGUUAGGAUCGAAGGGUUUGAUUGCCUCGAUAGGGACAGUAGAAACUGCAGCAUCCCUGCCUUGGCAUAGAGAACUAUCUCAAAGAACUACAUAUUAUCUCUGUUGAAUUUAAGCUCACAAAACCAACUAGUGCGUCGUACAUAAUGUGUGAAAAUUAUACGGAGAUGUGUGGAAGUCUUUGAGGGAAGUUGAGAGAGUACAAGAGAUCGAUCAUUUGGAGUUUGUUUUAUUUCUAAGAGUGUAUAUAGGUAACGGAGUAAGCAGUUUUCUUGGGUUAUGUAGUAUUUGUGGUCAUUUUGUAAAGUAUUAAAUAUUUGGAAGGUCAGGUUCUCUUCUAUGUUUGUGUAAAGAGAUUAGAAGAGGAGGGUAUUUUGGGUAUUUUCGUUUGUAGUUUUUUUUGUUUGGUGUCGGUUACGAAGAUGAGGAAACAAAUUUGUACAAAAAGAAAGAAGUCAAAUGAUAUGAAUAUUUUACUUUGAAAGCGAA